AUUAUGGAGCAGCUCAGAGACAUAUUGGCCAUGUUGAAUCGUCCGCCAACGACAGCUUCAGCACCGGAGGCCCCAGCAGAUCCAUCUACCCCACCACCAGCUGCUUCACCCCCACUAGAAGAGGAUGAGGUCUUCCCCGACGAUUACGAUCCUUAUGAGGGAGCUCCAGCGACUCCGAUCGAGGCACAACCUCUUAUCCAUGUACAUGACACCGAGUCGCAGGGUGAGAUUCUGUCCAUAGAGGCACAACCUGCAGUGGUUAAGAGUCGGAAGAGGAAGAGAAAGCCUCCUGUAUGGUUCGGUGACUAUACGGAGAUGAAGAGGAGACAUAGGCCAUCUUCGACUUUUGAUCCCACGGAGCCACGGAUGAGAAAUUGUUAACCACUUUCCGAAAGUGGUGUGUUGGACUCAUUCCGAACCACCGACUUCGGGAUUUGAGAAGUGGUGAUUACGGUCCAGGAUUCUUUUGGAUAAUGCUCACACCAAAGGAAUGGCUUACAGAUGACGUAAGUAAAGUAUUUUAUAAUAUUACUUCACUUUUCAACUUUAUGUACAAUGCAAUUAAUAUAUUUUUUUGUGUAACUGACAUUUCCGUUUAUAUGCAGCAUAUAGAUGCAGCAAUGCAUAUGCUGAGGAGGCGACGCAUCGACUAUCCACUGACAUUUCCUCAGAAGGGUAUCAUUCUCUCCACAUUCGUGACCGCCAUGAUCAGCAGUGCAUGGACGAGCCACAAGGGUCCGAGGAGAAACUUUAAAUGGGAGGAUUAUAUCCUGGACUACUGCACAGGGGCUCAUAAGGUAUUGUUUUAGUAAGAUUUUAAAUGUCAAUUGUUUGGGAAGAUUAUUAUGGUUUGUUAAUUGUUUCGUUGUUCUCUGUAAUUACAGUCCCAAGUCUUUGAGAGAUGGAGGGGUAACGAGUUUAUUUACUUCGUUCUGAACCUUCCCACGACAAGGCACUGGGUCACAGUUGAAGUCGACAUAGAGUUGUGGAAAAUUAAUGUCUACGACUGUGAUUCCAGCGUCUGUCAUUGGACCGACAUGGAACCCAUCAUGAAGGUUUGGGCAGAACUGCUGCCCUCGCUACUCCUUGCAACCGGGGAAUUUCCACAUAACAACCAGAUCAUGGCGUUAGCUAACUGUGACAUCACGGUGCUUCCAAAAAUGCACGCGACUCGAGCCACUCACGACUUAGUUCCGAAGUCAGCAACCAGUGGUGAUUGUGGCGUGUAUUGCAUUGAGUAUGUGGAGCAUCUCAUGAUGCAGCGUGGAUUGAUCGAUGUGACGCCAGACCGGAUAGCCAUGUUUCGUCAACGGUGGUGUGUCGAUUUAUUUUACCAAAAUGUCGGCUGAUUAUAUGUGUAAUUAUUGGGACAUUGUAUAUUUUGUGUAAUGGUG